AUGUAUCUUCCGCUCUUCAUUCUGAUCAUAAACACCAUUAAUGUUCAUGGUGCUUUGCGAUUUGCAAACUACUUUCAAGAUCAUAUGGUCCUACAACGUGCUCCACAACGAGCUAUUGUCUGGGGUUACGAAGAUACUUUUGAUGUACCGAUCUUGCUCACAAUGAAUAAUAAACAAUAUCACACAAGAAGUUCUUCCCGAUCAUCAAACUUACUUGGUGAAUCUAUCUGGUCAGUUACACUCGAUGCUCAAACCGAAGAAGGUCCAUUUCAGAUCAACGUCACUCGACCAUUACCAAAUGGGACGUUGGACACCAUUUUAUUAAAUGAUGUACUGUUUGGUGAUGUGUGGAUUUGUUCAGGUCAGUCGAAUAUGGAAUUUCCUGUGAACAGAAUGUUCAAUGCAUCUAUUGAAAUCGAAAAUUCAAGCAAAUAUCCAAAGGUUCGGCUAUUUAGCGCCUCGCAGCAGCAGUCAGCAGUACCUCAAGAGGAACUAUUAUCGAUUGCGUUAAAAUGGUCAGUCGCAGAGCCUGCUUCGGUCGGUAGUGGUGCCACAUCGGCAGUUUGCUGGUUGUAUGGUCGAAUGAUUAAUGAACAGCUUGGAGGACGACCUAUUGGUUUGAUUCACUCAUCGUGGGGUGGUACGGAUAUUGAAUAUUGGUCUCCACCUGAAGUUCUCAAAGAUUGUGGUGUGACACGAGUAAAAUCAUUAGAACAUAAAAAGAAACGAAAAACCGAUUCAAAUGUUACUGUUAUACUCAAUAGCACAGUAUUGUACAAUGCAAUGAUCCAUCCAUUCACCAGAAUGGUCAUCAAAGGUGCUAUCUGGUAUCAAGGAGAACAAAAUACCGGCUAUAAUCGAGACAAAUACACUUGUACGUUCUCGAAAAUGAUUGAAUAUUGGCGAGCGAUAUGGAAUACGCGAACACAAUCGAUCACAGAUCCUGCGUUUCCCUUUGGUUUCGUUCAAUUGUCAACAGCUGACAAAACAGGCAAAGUUGUAGGAGGAUUUCCUUGGAUUCGCUGGCAUCAAACAUUCGAUGUUGGCUAUGUUCCCAAUAAUGUCGUGCCCAAUGUUUUCAUGGCAGUUGCACUCGAUCUACGAGAUGAUGAAGGAGGUGUUCAUCCACGAGAUAAACUCGAUGUUGGCUAUCGACUAUCUCGAUCGGGUCUUGCUGUAGCUUAUGGUUAUAAAAAUAUUACCUUUCAAGGACCCAUCGUGGAGAGUCUCACUGUGGCUUCUGACAGUAGUAAAGUGAAUGUGACUUAUUCUCGUCAGGUAUCACCAAGUAUUGAACUGCGUGAUCCAAAUGGCUUCGAAGUCUGUUGUGCUGGUCAAAGUGUGUGCAACUCGACAGAUACAGCAUGGGUAGCAACAUCUGCAAGUCGCAUCGAAGGUGCACCACUCACUAUUUCACUUGCUGUUCCAAGCUCAUGUGCAUCGAAACAUAUUGAUGCACUUCGUUAUCUGUGGAGAGAAACACCCUGUCUAUUUAAACGAGCUGCUAUUUAUAGCACGCUGGAUUCUAAUCUACCGGCACCACCUUAUCUUCAUUAUUUUUAA